GAAGUUUCUUCCUUCUUCUUCUUCUUCUUCUUCUUCCUAGCUUUCGCUUGGGUGAUCUCUAAAAUGUAAAAUAAAAAACGGCUGCUCUCUCUUUCUUCCACUGCUUUUCAAGAAGCUCAUCCAAGUUCAAGAUAAUACUAUAGAAUUCGAGCUUCAUAAAUGGCGGGAACGAAACUGCACGGUAUCGAAUCCACUCACUCGCUCUCCUUUCGGCACUCUUUCGCAACUGCGUCUCCGCUUGUGGCGCCGUACCCGAGCCGUGUUGGGUUCGACUGUGCUAAACUCAGUCGGCUUCGUGUCUUAGCUAUGGCCGCUAAAAGGAAUCCGAAGCGUCUCAAAUACUCUGCUCCUCGCUUCUCCAAGGAGGAUGAUUUGGUUUACGUGGAAGCUGAUCCAUCAGGAACAGAAAGCUGGAAACUUGAACCUGUAAUUGAACUUUUAAAACAAGGAGCUGUUGGUGUUAUUCCUACUGAUACCAUGUAUGCGAUAGUUUGUCAUUUGAAAAGCCAUUCAGCCAUUGAACGUCUUCGUAGAAUUAAAAAUAUUGAACCUUCCAAGCCCCUUAGUAUCUUAUGCCGCUCUCUUCGAGACAUUGACACUUAUACGACGGGGUUCCCUUCGGGUGAUGGCCAAGGUCAUGCGAAUAUUUUUCGAGCUGUUAAGCAUUGCUUGCCUGGGCCUUAUACUUUCAUCUUAACUGCAAGCAAAGAAUUGCCAAAACAUUGUGUGAGGUAUGGUACUACAACAGCAAAAUGUGCUAAAAGGAAAAAUGUAGGUGUUCGCAUGCCUGAUGAUGCCAUAUGUCAAGCAAUUUUAGAAAAGAUGGAUGCACCUUUGAUAUCCACAAGUGUCAAGUGCCCUAAAGAAAAUGAGUGGAUGAUAGAUCCAGUUGUGAUAGCUGAUAUAUAUGGACCAGAGGGUCUUGAUUUUGUUGUUGACGGUGGCAUAAGAGUGGCUGAUCCAUCUACUGUCGUUGAUAUGACUGGGGCUUCUCCAAAAAUUGUACGGCUAGGAAAGGGACCCAAAUUACACUGGAUGGUUGCAGAAGACGAUAAUGAAUCUGCUUACUACGCAGAUGAACUCAUCCCAUCAGCCACGUAGGAGUCUUGCUUCUCGUAGACUUACAGGAAAUGAGGACCAUGGUUCAUUUGGAUUCAAGGUCGGAUCAGUGGUUCUCUGCUUUCUCGAUUGUUGUAGUACAGAAAUGUGUAUCUUUUGUAAAUAAGGUCAAGCAAAGGUGUAUUUGUAUUGGUCUUCAACUUUUUCAUUAACCAUUUUGUAUUAAACACCAUGCCUAGGCAAAACUGGUUUAAGGCUAAAGAAAGUUGCACUCAUUGGCCAUUGUUUAAUGCGGUUAAGUGAGCAUAUUGAAAUUGAAAAUCUCUAGUUUCAAAAAAGCUACCAUAAUAUUUCUGAACCAUUGCCUCAAUUCAACAUUCAGUUUCCUUGAAUGUCAACAGAAAUACAAGUCUUAAUCCAACAGUUACAUAAUUUAAACUCAAAACACUCUGUGCCUUGUUGCUAAUACAACUAUAUUACUACUAUCAGCCACAAACAUGAAUCAUACAAUCAAGUACUCUGGAGCUAAUAUUUGACAGCUACAAACAGAAGUUUAUAUGGCACUAUCAACCGAAUUAGGCGAUGCACAGUGAGCCAAUUGCCAUUAUACAUAUCAGGAAA